UGCUUUCUCUUUACUUUUUGGGGGAAGCUCGAACUUCGGCUUUUUAGUUCAAGGCAUAGGUCAAACAAGUAAGGAUAUACGAUUUGACAAAGAGGCAUUCGCGUAAUCCCGAGCUUUGCACUCUUUACAUUGAGUAGCCAUCGUGUGCUCCCCAGAAGAAGCUUAUUGCUUGGACAUACGCCAUACUCAAUUGAUAUGAGCAACGCAGAGUGGAACGACGCCGAGGCGAACAAGCUGCCAGAAAAAGUUGCAGAACUUGAAAAGAAUGACGAGAUUCCGGAAAGCGUCAACGGGACGCAUAGGAAGAGAGUGGUGAUAGUCGGCCUGGGCAUGGUCGGUAUAUCAUUCAUAGAAAAGCUUCUUAAAUUGGAUGUCAAGCGCCGCGAAUACGACGUGACAGUCAUCGGCGAAGAACCACAUCUAGCCUACAAUCGGGUUGGUCUCACGAGCUUCUUCCAGCAUCGUGAGGUCGAAAACUUGUAUCUGAAUCCAAGAGAAUGGUACUCGAGCAUGCCAGAGGGCUCUCUUACAUACCACACAUCCCAGCUCGUCACAUCAAUAGACAGCGCCGCCAAAACUGUAACUACAUCCAAAGAUCUCAUAGUACCGUACGACAUCCUUGUACUCGCCACUGGUUCGGAUGCCCUGCUACCACGACACACGCCUGGCCAUGACGCCAAAGGGGUCUUUGUCUAUCGCACGAUUGACGAUCUGCAGAAGCUAAUUGAGUUCUCUGCAACACGCAGGGGCAAAACGGGUGCCGUUGUUGGCGGCGGUCUAUUGGGUCUAGAGGCCGCAAAGGCGAUGAUGGAUCUAGAAGAUUUUGAGAAAGUCAAGCUGAUUGAGCGCAACCGCUGGCUUCUAUCUAGACAGCUGGAUGGUGAUGCCGGCGGUAUGGUGGUAGAGCAGGUACGACAAUUAGGUGUCGACGUGCUGCUCAGCAAGCGCGUGGGAGAAAUUGAGACGGAUGAGGAGAACUUCGUCAAGGGUGUGGUGUUUGAAGAUGGUGAGAGGAUGGACUGCGCGUGUAUAUGCUUUGCAAUUGGUAUUAAAGCCCGUGACGAGCUUGCUCGACAAGCAGGCAUCAAAUGCGCUGACCGUGGCGGUGGUAUCAUAGUCAAGGAAGACUUGUCGACGUCUGUUGAAGACAUCUACGCUAUUGGCGAGUGUGCCAGCUGGGAGAACCAAACAUUCGGUUUGAUAGCGCCUGGAAUCGAAAUGGCCGAUGUCCUUGCGUUCAAUCUGACUCAAGCCAAAGACCAUGCAUAUCGCAAAUUCAAACGUCCAGAUCUCAGUACCAAGCUUAAGUUGCUUGGUGUCGAAGUUGCUAGCUUUGGAGACUUCUUUGCUGACCGGGAUGGUCCAAAGCAGCUGCCCACUGCACGCGGCGCUGGAAAAAAAGAUGGCACGAUAGAUGCAAAAAGCCGUGUGAAGGCUUUGACAGACGGUCCAGCACCUGCGCCAGUGAAAGCACUGACAUACAAGGAUCCGUUUACACAGGUAUAUAAGAAAUAUCUAUUUACAAUGGACGGCAAAUAUCUCUUGGGCGGUAUGAUGAUUGGAGACACAAAAGACUACGUCAAGCUCGUCCCAUUCGUCAAGAACCAGAAGCCACUUGAGGUACCACCAAGCGAAUUUAUCAUCGGAUCACAGAAAGACGACGGCGGUGAUGACCUUGACGACGACACGCAGAUUUGCUCUUGUCACAACGUCACGAAAGGCAGUCUUGUCACAUCUGUCAAGGACGGGACAUGUAAGAGUAUUGGAGAUGUCAAGUCUUGUACAAAAGCAGGUACUGGCUGCGGCGGCUGUAUGCCCCUUAUCCAGACGAUCUUCAACAAAACCAUGGCAUCCAUGGGCCAAGAGAUCAAGAAUCAUCUCUGCCCUCAUUUCGAAUUCUCUCGCGCAGAUCUUUUCAACAUCAUCUAUGUGAAAAAACUGGAAACAUUUGAGGAAGUGAUGAAGAAUGCAGGUAAAGAGGCCGAGUCCCUUGGCUGUGAGGUGUGUAAACCAGCUAUCGGCUCCAUCACCGCAUCCCUCUAUAAUAGGCACAUUCUGGACUCGCAACAAAGGGGUCUCCAAGACACCAACGACCGCUUCCUGGCAAAUAUACAGCGCAAUGGCACAUUCUCCGUGGUGCCGCGUGUCGCUGGUGGUGAGAUCACACCCGAAAAGCUCAUUGUCAUCGGUACAGUAGCGAAGAAAUUUGGCCUGUACUGCAAAAUCACUGGUGGCCAACGUAUCGACAUGUUCGGUGCCAAGAAACAAGAUCUCAUCGACAUUUGGACGGAUCUCGUCAACGGUGGCCUGGAAUCCGGCCACGCAUAUGCGAAAUCUCUACGAACCGUCAAGUCCUGCGUCGGCACAACAUGGUGCCGUUUCGGAAUUGGCGACUCAGUUGGCAUGGCCGUCCGCCUUGAGGAGCGCUACAAGUCCAUUCGAGGACCGCACAAGUUCAAAGGCGGUGUUUCUGGCUGCGUACGCGAGUGUGCCGAAGCUCAAAACAAAGACUUCGGCCUGAUUGCCACGGAAAAGGGCUUCAACAUCUUUGUCGGCGGCAACGGCGGCGCCAAACCAAGGCACUCAGAGCUCCUCGCCAAAGACGUUCCGCCAGACGACGUCGUCCCAAUCCUCGACCGCUACCUCUCCUUCUACAUCCGCACUGCCGACAAACUCCAGCGAACAGCCCGCUGGAUCGAGAACCUCCCCGGUGGCAUCGCAUACCUCCGCGAAGUCAUCCUCGAAGACAAACUCGGCAUCGCCGCCGACCUCGAGCAGCAAAUGGCCGAUCUCGUCGGCACAUUCUUCUGCGAAUGGACCGAAGUCAUCAAAUCUCCCGAGCGCCGCAAACUCUUCAGCCAAUUCGCAAACACAUCCGACACCCAAAUCGACACCAUCGAGCCCAUCACCGAGCGCGGCCAGACACGCCCGGCAAACUGGCCCACGGCGUCCGUCAAAGAAGACUUCAAAGGCACGAAAUGGACCACCCUCUCCUGGCAACCCAUCCUGCAAGCAAGCACCUUCAAGGACGUCCCCACCGGCGACAGCCAGGCCGUCAAGCGCGGCGACACCCAACUCGCCCUCUUCAAAGUCCGCGGCAAGUACUACUGCACCCAGCAAAUGUGCCCGCACAAGCGCGCCUUCGUGCUCUCCGACGGCCUCAUCGGCGAAGACCUGUCGCAGAACAAGCUCUGGGUAUCAUGCCCAUACCACAAGCGCAACUACGAGCUCGCCGGCGCAAACGCUGGCGCGUGUGCCAACGAUCCAGACGUCAAUAUUGCCUCGUUCCCUGUCGAGGCGCGUGCUGAUGGCUGGGUCUAUGUCAAGCUGCCGCCUGUGUCUGAGCUGGACGCCGUGCUGGGCACGAGUCGGUGGGUGGUCAAGCAUGAUGAGACGCCCGGACAGUUUGAGAAGCUGGAUAGGAAGCUCAGGGCUAUGGAGUUGAAGGGUCGCAAAGGGCGUGAUGCGAGCCAUUUGUCCGAUGGGAAAGGGGAAGUGCGGAGGGUGGAUGCGAACGGGGCUCUAGAUGCCGAGGAGGGAGGCGCGAAGGGCCUGGAGUGGUAGGAAGUGGUGUUGUGAUUGAUGGAUGGGUUGGUGUACUAUCAUCUCUCGUAUGCAAAUUUAGAUUUCAGCCUCUGUCCACCCCUUUUUGUGAAGACGUCUGAGGUGGCCUCUCGCUC